AUGGCGGCGCCGGCCCCGGGGGCUGGGGCAUCCUCGAGCGGCGCUGGCGGUAGCGGCGGCGGCGGCGCGGGCGCCGGCUCGGGCUCUGGGUUGGUGGGGGCCGGGGGUCGGCUGCCCAGCCGGGUCCUGGAGUUGGUGUUCUCCUACCUGGAGCUGUCCGAGCUGCGGAGCUGCGCCCUGGUGUGCAAGCACUGGUACCGCUGCCUGCACGGCGAUGAAAACAGUGAGGUGUGGCGGAGCCUGUGCGCCCGCAGCCUGGCAGAAGAGGCUCUACGCACGGACAUCCUCUGCAACCUGCCCAGCUACAAGGCCAAGGUACGCGCUUUCCAACAUGCCUUCAGCACUAAUGACUGCUCCAGGAAUGUCUACAUUAAGAAGAAUGGCUUUACUUUACAUCGAAACCCCAUAGCUCAGAGCACUGAUGGUGCAAGGACAAAGAUUGGUUUCAGUGAAGGCCGCCAUGCUUGGGAAGUGUGGUGGGAGGGCCCUCUAGGCACUGUGGCAGUGAUUGGAAUUGCCACGAAGCGGGCCCCCAUGCAGUGCCAAGGUUAUGUGGCGUUGCUAGGCAGUGAUGACCAGAGUUGGGGCUGGAAUCUAGUGGACAAUAAUCUGCUACAUAAUGGAGAAGUCAAUGGCAGUUUUCCACAAUGUAACAAUGCACCAAAAUAUCAGAUAGGAGAAAGAAUUCGAGUCAUCUUGGACAUGGAAGAUAAGACUUUAGCUUUUGAACGUGGAUAUGAGUUCCUGGGGGUUGCCUUUAGAGGACUUCCAAAGGCCUGCUUAUAUCCAGCAGUUUCUGCUGUAUAUGGAAACACAGAAGUGACUUUGGUUUACCUGGGAAAACCUUUGGAUGGAUGACAGUGGCUUUCUUGGAAUGAAAGACAGAGUGGAGGAGAUAUCUGCUUAUGGCGAAAGUAGAAUCAUGAAGUGACAGUGUCAUACAUGCAUGCCCAAGAAACAUCCUGAAAAACACGUGAAAUUGUUAACUGGAGAAGCAACUCUACAGCAGAGAUUAUCUUAGUAUUUCCUCUUUCUACUGGGCCAGAAAAGUCCUCAGGGUUGCAGUUGGUUGAGUGGGCAGUUGACAUAUGCAUGUUGCAACAAAAUUUGUCUCUAAGUUAGCAAUGUGUUAUUUCCAACUUUUAAGGUGAGAUUUUAGGAAGCUAUAAAAGGGAAAGAUAAAGAAAUAGCAAGAUUUUAAAGUAGUGUGUUUGUGAAGAAAGACUGAUCAUGUUUUACAACUGCCUGUUUUUUCUCCAGACCCUUUUUUCCAGCCAGCUUGACUAUCAGAAAAGUAUGAAACUGGUUGGGUUUUAUUUAAUAUUUUUAAUAUAUUGAGAAGCAUGGUCUGCCUGGACUGCACUUCUCUACCAGUGAGAUAUAAAAUUGUGCAGCUAUUUUAAAAGUUGUAUAUACAAUGUGUGUGUAAACAAAAAAGGACAAAGGAUUGCUUUGUUCUAGUUCAAUUUCUUAAAAACCACUACAUGGUACAAAAUUAGAAUAAUGUUUAGGGAUGAUUGGGUAACUACAAAGAAGAGGAUUUUAGAGAUGUGUUAUAAUGGCUCAUUUUGUAUUAUGUUUGAUUUAGUUUCCACAGCUAUUAGUCUUUUUUUUUUUUGAACCAUCAAAAAUUAUUGUAAAGAUCCUGAAAUCUCCUAGCUAAAGAUUGAGGGAAGGCAAAUCUAUUUCCAGUUAUACAUAUAUCAGUAAUAAUAAUAAUAAUAAUGUGCAUCUUAAAGUAUCUGGUUUUAUUUUUUAGCCUUGUGAGAAAGUGUCUCAUAAUGAAUGUUGCCAUUUGUUUUUAUAGGUCUCAAAUAUGAAAGCCGUUUGUCAUAGACUCUAGGAAAAGAAUCAGUGGUCUUUUUAUUUUGUAACUGUAUAAUGCUGUAGAUAUGAUUUUUUUAAUUUCAUAUUGUUUACAUCAUGCAACAACCUAAGCCUCAAACUCUUCAUUGGCGUUAUCAAGAAAAUGUUUACUGACUUGUCUAAAACAGUGCCAACCUGAACCCGGGUUAGAAUAUUCUUAAUCUCAUUAUAGAUAAUUGCCCCUAUGGGACUGGAAAUAAAACACUUAUGUUGAAAACUUCAGGUUGGCAGUAUUUUGAGGGUAUCAUUGUAGAAGAAUUUAACAUUAAUUCCUAUUCUGGAUUAUUGACUAAAAAGUCAGAUUUCACAAAUACUCUUUCAAAUUAAUAAUCCAAUAUACAUGAGCUAAGAUUGUCUUUUGUUAGGAGAGAAACUGACAUCUUUCUGUAUGAAAGUAUAAAUUGUAUGGUUUCAGAUACAACUUUGUGAUAAGAAUUGACUAAGGCAAAUGGAAUCUUUGUACUUUUUAGGUUAUUUCUGUAUGUAUAUUUUGUUUUAAAUCUAAUAAAAUUAGGGACAGCAAGCAGCUGGCUGGGGUUCUUGGGUCACUCCUUGAGAGUUGAAAUUAUCAAUAGUCUUAUGAAACAGGGAAUUUCAGUCAUGAGCAAAAAUUUAUUUUUUGCCACCUGGGAGGUUUACAAGUAUUAUUGUGUAUAUGGUAUCAUAUCUCAUGUCAAGAAGAAACCUGGAAACCAUAUUUAAUAGUAUAGAGUAUAAUUAUAUGUUAAAUGAAUUAGAGAAUAGCUUAUAUAGCUGCUACAUAAAUUCAUUUUUCUUGGUGUAGAACAACUAAAAUUUGGCAAAGUUUAAAAUUUAAUUGGAAAAAGAGAACUGAUUCAGGAACAAGAUUGAACUAAUUAGAAAUAUAAAAUUAUUCUAGUAUAAAUUAGAAAAAAUAUCUUUUUCAGGUUGUGAAGUGGCCAACUCUAAGAGCUUUUGCCGAGAGUUUUGUUUAUAAUUUCUGUUUUGUCUUAAUAAACAUUCAUUUGUAACAGUUUUGAAGGUGCUGAAUGGAAAACAGAAACACAUGGUUAUUGCCUAUUAAACCUAGAAUUAAAGUAAUGGCCUAAAUAUUUAACAAUAAGCCAUUCUUCUCUCAAAGAUUUGAAUUCCUUAAUAUCCUGCUUGUAGAUUUUGUAAACUGGAGGUUCAUAGUUUGCAUGAGCACUAGCAAUGAAAAGCCUUUAUUUAUAACUCAAUACACGAAUUUGCUACUGGAGACCAGUAGUAACUAUACCAGACUAUGAAAGCAAAGUGCUACAAUGUUCAAGGAAAUCAAAUCUUUUUUCAUGGGUGCUGAGAGAGCAUUUAGGUAGAAGAUAGUUGCUCCUGAAGAUUGAGUAUAAAUUAUCUAAACCAGUGGCUUUCAAUCUUACCUGUAUUUUAGUGUGUUUUCAAAAAUAUUGAUGCUUGGGUCCUGUACACUAAGAUUAUGAUGUUGGUCUGGGAUAUGGCAUGACCAUAGAAUUUUUAAAAAACUUCCCAGGUAAUUUAAGUAUGCUGCCAAGGUUGAGAGCCACUGAUAUGAAUUCAUCUUAAAUUUUCUCAUCUGCAAAAAAAAAAAAAAAAAGAAAAUUCUUGCUCCCUCUCUUCACUACCUCACAAGGAUAUUGAAGGUGAAGUGGAAAAGAAUGGGUAAUGGGAAAGUGCUUAUGCUAUGGAUAAAAAGUGCUGUUGAAAGGCAAAGUAGUUUUGUUGCAUUUUAAUUGAAAUUAUGAUCAGAAAAAAUGUGUAAUUGCGUGCUUUAUUGAUUUGGGGCACUGGGAGCAUUCUCUUUGGUUCUUUCGUGAAACAUGCAGAUGUGUAAGCAGAUUUUACUAUUAUUCUUAUAUGUACUAUGGUCUUCUAUCAUUCUUGAAAUAGGCUGUUUUAAUUGUCUGGUUUUACAUAGGAAAGAAGAAAUACUAAGGCUUAAAGUCUGUAAUGGUUAAUGGCUCACAAUUCAUUAAAACUUUUCAUACAAAGAAUAUAUAUCAUUUUCAUGAUUGCCAUUUUUUUAUUAUAUGAUUUUGAAUGUUAAACCAUUUGUUUUAUCUCCAUUCUCAUUCAUGUAAGUUUAGAUGUAGAUCUGGUAAAGUACCUAAAGCAAGUAGGCUUUGCCCAGUUGAAUACUUAAAAGUCAUGGCUCAAUGAUUAAGCAUCUUCUGUCUUUAGAUAUGAUUUAACCUUGGAAAGAGUUUCAAAAAUAACAGCCCUAAACCAUGUAUGGUACUAGUAUAAUUUUAAUUUUGUUCCCCAAACUGCUGCUGAUACAGAUUGAAAUGUUAAUCUUUUUGAUCAAUUUUUAAAAAUGAACAAAUUUGAAGAGAUAGAAACUUGCAGCGUUAUAAGGAUUACUUGAGAAGAUUACUUUCCAGAUAUCAAGAACACCACAUUUGGGACCACUUUGAAGUUUUCCUGGAAGGAACAGUUAUACUCAACCCAAAUGCUGUUGUCAUAGGCAUUCCUCAUUUCCUCUAGUUGAAUAUAAUCUCUCCUUCCUGGAAAGUUUUCUAUUUUUCUAUUUUAUCUAUACUUAACACAUUUAUACCUUGUAUAAAUUUAUUAUUCAUUUGUUGAUGUCUUAUCGCCCCAAAACAUCUUAGGACAGGAUCUCAUGAAUUCAUUUUUAUGCCCACAUCUCUAAGCCCAAUGCUUGAUGCUUCCAUAUUUGCUGAAGGAAAAGAGAAAGUACUAUGUUGAAAGACAAAAGCUCCUCUUAAGUUACAGACUAUAAUAACAAGAUAGAUGAGAAGGAAUUUCUGUGACCUAGCUAAAUGAAGCAGAAAGGAAAGGAAUGUAAUUCUGAAGCUAGUAAGGAAGAAAUAUGACUGUGAAUGUAUUUUAGCCAAUCCCCUUUAUUAAAUAUUGGUAAAGUGAUUUUUAGUUCUUGGAGUAG